AUGUCUUCGACUAACGGAUUAACGAGUUUAAUAACAAUUUAUGGUGGUCUUCCCAUAUUUAUAUGUGGUACUUUGGGAAAUUUACUUAAUAUUCGUCUUCUUUGGCGAACUCGUCGUAAUCCAUGUGCAUUUAUAUUUUUGGUUACAUCAUUUAUUAAUUGUAUUGUCUUAUUUUAUGGUUUAUUUACAAGAAUAUUAAGUGUUGGCUUUUAUCUUGAUUGGUCAACUACAAAUCGUAUUUGGUGUAAAACUCGCACUUCUUUUAGUCAAGCUAGUUUUUAUAUCUCAUUCACAUGCAGUUGCUUAGCAAGUAUUGAUCGAUUUCUUGCUAGUUGUCGUCAAGAAAAAUACAGAAAAUUAAGUCGACUAUCAACAGCUAUAUGGGCAGUUAGUCUGUCAAUUAUAUUUUGGUUAGGUCUUUCCAUUCCUUAUUUAGUAUAUCUCGAACUAUUACCAAGUUCAACUACAGGAUCAACAUCUUGUUCGCUUGUUCGAAAUGAUGUUUUUUCUAAUUAUCAAAAAUAUUUUGCAUUUCCUGUUUAUUAUGGUUUAUUACCAAGUAUAAUUCUGAUAAUAGCAGGUCUUUUGACAUAUAGAAACACAACUAAAUUACAAAUAGGUCGUCAAAGACAAGUAGUCCAAAAACAAUUAACAUCUAUGAUGCUUAUACAAAUUCCAAUAAUACUUUUUUCAACAUUAUCAUAUGUAAUAUUUACAGAAUAUUCAACAUUUACUGCAACAAUGGUUAAAUCUACUGAUCAAAAAGCUGUUGAACUUGUAAUUAGAAAUAUUGUUUCAAUUACAUGUUAUAUAACAUUUGCAUGUCCAUUUUUUGUUUUCUUGGCUUCAUCAAAAACCUUUAGAGAAGACGCAAAAAUGUUAUUUUUAUGCCAAAAAAUUAAUUUAUGGAGACCUAAUCAAAUUCAACCGCAUUCCAUAACUGCUGCAGGAAAUAUACAAUCUACAUCAAUGAGAACUCAUCAAAUGCCAUCUUAUUUCACCACUAUGGUGAAUCAUAUAAAACCUAUCACAAUUAAUGAAGAGUGA